GUCUUGGCAGUUGGUGUUGGGGGAGGGCUGAGGGCUGAGGUGGGGAGCCGUUAGCACGCCGUCACCCUCACCAUUCUCCCAAAAGCUCGUGUGGUUGACCUCCGAAAAUGAGUCAGUCCACUUUUUUUUAGUCAACGAGGCCUUCUUCGUGUUGAUAUCUACGUCUGACUGUCGUCCACACGCCUUUUUAAUUCCAUAACUAGAAUAGUCCAAAAGUGCCGAUUCUUCACGUUCAGUAUGGACCCUCAACAUAGGAAUAUCAUAUUGAACAACAUUGAAGCUCUUGUAGCAAACACAAAAGAUUAUGACAGUUUAGUUGAACACUUGCUUGACAAGCAAGUGGUUACCAGAGCCCAACUGGAGUACAUCAAUUUUAAAGUGCCAAAAGAAAAACGGUGCCAAGAGUUGUACACGUUGAUAACAAAACGUGGCCCCCGUGCCUUUGAACAGUUGUAUAAUUUAGCUUAUCUGUCUGGUAAUUCAAAUAUUUCAAUGAUAAUAAGCCCAAAUAGGUCAACUAAUGUAGAUAUUUAUAUGCAUGGUGAAGGCAUACCACUCGAUUUUUCAGAGGAAUACAAACUAAAUAGUAAUCCAAAAGGAAUGGUUUUAAUAGUCAAUAUUGAAAAUACAAAAAUCAAAGACCAACAACGACUCGGUUCUGCUUUAGAUGUGACACAUCUGGAUGAACUUUGGACAAAUUUAGGACACAAAGUUAUUUAUUAUAUUGACUUGACAAAAGAGGCAUUUAAACAAGAGUUCAAACAAUUUGUGAAAAAUUUCAAAGGAGACUGUUUCACACUUUUCCUUAUGGGCCAUGGAAAGCAAGUGCAAGACAAUAUUACUGUUGCAAUGACAGAUUCAAGGGAUGUAAAUAUCGAGUGGAUAAUUAAAAAGCUUUCUUCUGUGAAAGCACCUCAUAUCGCUGAUAAGCCUAAGCUAAUUUUUAUCGUUUCAUGCAGGGGUGAUCUGCCUGAUUAUGGCAUAGAUAUUACCAAAGCACAAGACUGGAAAUAUAAAAGUCUUAUAUCGACUGAUGGAACACAGCCAAAAAUCAGGCCGAGUGUUUCAAACUUGAUGCUAAUAUAUCCUUGCUCCCCAGGUUUUGUCUCAUAUCGUCAUAAUAAUUUUGGAUCCUUUUUCAUUCAAGAACUUGUUCAUGUGUUCAAGAUAUUUGCAGAUAAGGAAUGUUUAGAGGACAUGAUUAAAAGGGUGGAUAGAAACCUAAUGAACCAUUCAAUCACUUUUAAAAAAGGAUUUCAAACUGUAAAUGUUAAUACCAUCGGAUUCAACAAAAAGCUCUUUCUCAAGGAGAGAAGAAACCCUAACAAUAAUUUGUAAAUUGAUUUAUAAUUUUUUUCUCUUUUUCAUUAAAUAAUAGUGUCAAUAAUUAAAGACAAACAUCUCAGGUCAUGAAUAGGUUUGUAAAUAACUUAUGCUAUUUUUACAAUUUGGUGUAAUAUCCGAUCAUCUAAGGCUGUUAGCUAAUUUUAAUAUUAUUUUGUAAGAUAUGUUUAUAUAUCAUACCAACUAAAUAUACUUAUGUGCAAUAAUGAACUUAUUUAUGAUAAAAUUAUAUAAUUUUAUAUAAUUAGAUAGAAUUUUUAUUUAUUCAUAUACUUUGUGUUAAGGCAUUGCAAAUUUAUUCUCAAUUUUAUAAUUUCCUUAACCAAGUAGCCAUUUUGAAAUAAUACAACUUUGGAAUCAGUUACCAAAGCAUGUAAUCAAAGUCAUUGUUUAAAUACUAUCCAUUUGAAUUAAUUAAAAUGUAAUGAAAAUUG